AGAUGGCAAAUUUCAGACCAAGUGCAUUCAAAUAGCUGAGAAAUUUCUAAAUGAAAAACCGAUAAUUGAGUAUCGACCUCCCUUCUUGAAGGGAUUGGAAUUUGAUGCCUUCUUUCAAAAAUAUCAAAUUGCAUUGGAGGUGCAAGGAAGUCAGCACCGGCUUCAUAAUACUGGUUGGUAUAAAGACAUAAAAAAACUUGAAGGCGUUGUUAAUCGUGAUCGGUUAAAAAGAUGCAUAUGUCAAGAUAACGGAAUUUUUCUUCUUGAG